GAAUUGGUCGUGGGAGGUUUCCUAGUUGUUUUAAAAUGUUGAUAAAAGUGUCGGUUUUGAUGCUGCUUGCCGCCUUCCAAUGCAAGAGUGAAAAGUCUAACUCCACAAACGAAGGGCCAUAUUGUGAUCAAUUUGGAUACGAAGUUCUCCAGGCUGGAUUGGAUAGCAUCAACUUCAAUAUGCAACAGGAUUACCUCCGUUCGAUCGAGUACCAGCAGAAGCUAAAGGCGGAAAUGGAAGAACUUCGCAGAACGCUUCAGGGCACCGGAAAUUAUGUUGCCGUACAAACGAAAACUUUGGCCGAAGUGCAGCGCGAUCUGGUUAUUAUGGCACUGAAUGUUUCGCUUCUGCUCAGUGACACCGGAAAAAUCAGCCAAACUCAACAAGUUCUCCCGACGACCGAGAUGAUGAACGACUUAGUUCUGCAGCUAUUGGCCAAUCACACAGAUUCCAAAAACAGAUUCAAUACCAUGACUCGACAUGCAGGACACAAUAUUCCUCAAACCUGUUCAGAUGUCGCGGGAAGUCGCUCGGGAGUCUAUCGAUUGCAGCCUCAAGCGGGGUUUCAGGAAUCUUUUGAGGCGUUCUGUGAUCAAGAAUAUGAAGGUGGAGGUUGGACGGUGAUCCAAAAUCGAUUGAAUGGUUCGGUGAACUUUUUCCGAGGCUGGGAAGCUUACGAGAAGGGCUUCGGUGAUCUGCGUGGAGAAUUUUGGCUUGGGCUCAGCAAAAUGCAUGAGCUGUCCUACUCCAAGCCCCAUGAGCUGCAUAUCAUUCUUGAGGAUUACGAAGGAAAGCAGGUCGUGGCGAAGUAUGACAGUUUCCAAGUCGCUGGUCCCGAAGAAGAGUACAAACUAACGUUAGGAACUUUCAGUGGUGAUGCUGGAAAUUCCAUGGAGCAUCACAAUGGCAUGAAAUUUUCCACAAAGGAUUCCGAUAAUGACAUUUGGAGUGAAAAUUGUGCUCUCAAAGCCCAGGGAGCCUGGUGGUUUGGCAAAUGUCAUAACAGCCAUUUGAAUGGGCUGCACCUAAAGGGCAAAGCAGCAGAAGCAGAAUGGAAAGGAAUUCGGUGGGAUGCAUUUCGCGGUAAAGAUUAUUCGCUGAAACGUACCAGAAUGAUGAUUCGCCGUAACCUAUAACUUUAGAACUUAAGUGAAUUACUCUGAGUUAUAGCCAUGUUUCGUUAUUUGAAAACUUUGGAAACAUGAAAUCCCAACACCACGUUUCAUAGUAACACUGGAAUAACACAAUUAUCUAGGAUAAA